CAGAAUUACCUCUGUCUGCACAAAAUGAUUGCAUAAAAUAUAAUGCACAUGUAGACUAGUACAAAAUUAUUAAAGACUAGUCAUAAUACUUCCCAGUUAAGUGGCACUCUGUUUAUUCUUGCACCUCCAAUAAACCUCUCAUAAAUGUCUUAGAAAUAUUUUGUACCACUGGACCCCUUGUUUGUUGGAAGCCUUGUUUUUCUAUUAUGUCCCAGUGUGUGUACUGUAAGCACCCUGAGGAGGAGAAACUUUGUUCUUUUUUUAAGUGCUUGACCUUAAACUUCCCUGGCAUGUUUAAAGAGAACCGCUUGGGUGGAUGAGACUCCACUGCUGCUCACUAUAGUCUUACUAUUAUGAAAAAAUGGAAAAAAAAGUCCCAGAAAUGCCUUAAAAUCCAAGUUAUAGUUUAUCACAAAGUUUUGAUGAGAAACACACAGACAAGAUCCUCCGUGUUAUGAGUGUCUUAUUAAAAGUAAUGCUCUGAGCACCUGCUGCAAGAGCAAAAGUUUACUGAGAGACUUUGGACACGCCAUGUCCAUGUGUUAUUUUUACUACAGGACCGUCACUCUGUCAGUAAACACGUCUCAGCUCCUUUCUAUUUAUAAAAAGCUUACUUUAACCUCCUGCCAAGAGUCGCCCACUUUCACCCCAUGACCUAAUUUCCACUCUCCUUUCUCGUUGGCCUCCCGUCACUGCUGGGUCUCCAGAGGCCUCCCUGUGUUGUUAUGGUGUAUUAUUUUGUGCUUUUAUUUUGAAUCUACUAAACACUGUGGGAACAUUAUUCUCUGAUCCUGCUGCUGAGACGCUGCCGAAUAUUUAUCCAAGGGAGUACAUGGAGGAGCUGAACCACCGACAACUGUCUGUCAAGCAGCUGAAGAGAAAGUUCUUAGAGGCGCUGCAGACCAACGACGCCCAGGAGGUGCUGCAGAUUUUGCAGAAUGACGGACUAGACAUUGACACAGUUCUGGAGGUGAAGGAUCCUGAGAUGGUCUUGGCCUCCUAUAAACAAGGUUACUGGCUGCCAGAUUACAAACUGGAAAACUCCUGGGCAAUGGGUAUUCACGUGUGUGUGAUGUAUAGUGCUGUCGAAACAGCACUGGUGCUCCUCCAGAAGGGUGCUUCUGUGAACCGGAUGCCCAAUGGGAAGACUCCACUUCAUGUCGCCUGCCAGGUCUCCAAUGCUGACUUUACUGCCUUACUUUUAGCUCACGGGGCAAAGGUCAACAUCCAGUCACUGAGCGGACAUUCUCCGCUGCAUUACUGCGUCACUGCAGAGUCCGUGGCCUGUGCAAAACAGCUCAUCUUGAAAGGUGCAAACAUCAAUAUGCCCAGCAACAGCAAUGACGAGGAAACACCCUUACACGUAGCAGCCAGAUGUGGCGUGCCAGAGCUGGUGAAUCUAUAUCUGGUCCACGGAGCAUCACCGGAUGCAUUCAACUCUUUCAACGAGACACCUUUGAUAACUGCCGCCUUCUGGGCUUUUGACACCAAACAGCAAACAUACAGUGAAAAUCAUCACCUUGUCUGCCGCCUCCUGCUGGACCACAAAGCAAAUCCCAAACUUCAAGAAGAAGACAAUAAAACAGCUCUUCAUAAAGCAGCCUGGAACUGUGAUCACGUCCUGAUGGAGAUGCUGUUGGAGGCUGGAGCUGACACCAGGGCAAUGGACAUCAACGGCUGUGCCCCCAUUCAGUACCUGCUGAAAGCAACAGAUAUCAGGCCCAUGGCCAUUACUGAACUAUGUUAUCAGCUGCUGCUCAACUAUAACGCAGCCAGGAUUUACCCACCCCAGUUCCACAAGGUGUUGCAGGCGUGCCAUGACUACCCAGGUGUAUUAGAAAUCAUGGUCAACUGUUAUGAACACUUAAAGCCUACCAGGAAGUGGAAAGCUGCCAUUCCUGAUGACUGCUACCAGAGACAUAAAGACUUCUACGACUCCAUGUUUGCUGUUUGUACUAACACCCCUCGCAGCCUGCUCCACCUGAGCAGAUGUGCCAUCAGAGCCAGCCUGGGCGGCCACUGCCACAGUGGUGUAACACAGCUGCCCCUGCCGACAAGCAUGAAGAAAUAUGUAGUACUGGAACCUGAAGGGAUGCUGUACUGAUGAAAAAAAAACUUUAAGUACUACAAGUACUGGUUCUAUCAACAGGCAGCCCAUUCAUCGAUGAUGAUUUUCAGUGCAUUUUGACUUUUUUGGCUGUGUGCUGAAGAAACAAACAGUGGAUAUCAGAGUGCCAGAAAGUCAAACACAAGGCUUCUCUUCUAUGUUCUCCUGAACUGUCCUGUUUUAUAUAUAUACUAUAUAUAUAUAUAAACAUAACAUGCUAAUUGUAAUUUUCUACUUGUUUCGCAAGUCAAUAAAACUUUUUCCUUUGAAAGUAA